AUGGCUGAGGAGGUGGCCAAGCUGGAAAAGCACCUGAUGCUUCUCCGCCAGGAGUAUGUAAAGCUGCAGAAGAAACUAGCAGAGACAGAAAGGAGAUGCAAUCUUUUGGCUGCCCAGGCCAACCAAGACAGUGCCAGUGACACCUUCAUCAGUCGACUUCUUGCCAUUGUAGCUGAGCUCUAUCAGCAGGAGCAGUACAGUGAUCUGAAGAUAAAGGUUGGGAACAAACACAUCAGUGCUCACAAAUUCGUCUUGGCGGCGCGCAGUGACACUUGGAGUCUUGCCAACCUCGCCUCAGCAGAGGAGCUGGAUCUGUCAGAUGCUGACCCAGAGGUAACCAUGGCAAUGCUGCAGUGGAUCUACACAGAUGAACUUGAGCUAAGAGAAGAUGGUAUCUUCUUGACAGAGCUUAUGAAACUAGCUAAUAAAUUUCAGCUCCAGCUGCUUAGGGAAAGAUGUGAAAAAGGAGUUAUGUCACUAGUUAAUGUCAGGAACUGCAUUCGCUUCUACCAGACUGCUGAGGAGCUGAAUGCUAGCACUCUGCUCAAUUACUGUGCUGAGAUAAUUGCUAGUCACUGGGAUGACUUGCGUAAAGAAGACUUCAGCAGCAUGAGUGCUCAGUUGUUGUAUAAAAUGUUCAAAUCAAAGACAGAAUAUCCUUUGCAUAAGGCUAUUAAAGUUGAGAGAGAAGAUGUAGUCUUUCUGUAUCUCAUAGAAAUGGAUUCACAGCUUCCUGGAAAACUCAAUGAAUUGGAUCACAAUGGAGAUCUUGCUUUGGAUCUAGCCCUUGCUCAAAGAUUGGAGGGAAUUGCAACUACACUGGUCAACCACAAGGCAGAUGUAGACAGAGCAGACAAGAGAGGCUGGAGUCUAUUACAUAAAGCCAUCCAAAGAGGAGAUAAAUUUGCUGCAAACUUUCUCAUUAAAAAUGGUGCCCGUGUGAAUGCUGCUACACUGGGAGACCAGGAGACUCCUCUGCACCUCGUGGCGUCAUACAGCCCUAAGAAGCAUUCUCCAGAUGUCAUGGCAGAGAUGGCACAGAUAGCAGAGUCCCUCUUACAGGCAGGAGCCAAUCCAAAUAUGCAAGACAACAAAGGAAGGACACCACUACAUGUGUCAAUUGUGGUCAGGAAUGAACCUGUAUUCAGUCAGCUUCUCCAGUGCAAACAACUAGACUUGGAGCUGAAGGAUCAUGAGGGAAGCACAGCUCUGUGGCUUGCAGUUCAGUAUAUCACUGUGUCAUCUGAUCAGUCUGUAAACCCUUUUGAGGAUGCCCCUGUUGUAAAUGGAACCUCAUUUGAUGAGAACAGUUUUGCAGCAAGGUUGAUCCAACGAGGCAGCAAUACAGAUGCUCCAGACACAGUAACAGGAAACUGCUUGCUUCAGAGGGCAGCUGGUGCAGGAAAUGAGGCAGCUUCUCUCUUCCUAGCAACUCAUGGAGCAAAAGUCAACCACCAAAAUAAAUGGGGAGAAACACCACUGCAUACAGCCUGCAGGCAUGGCCUGGCAAACCUGACAGCAGAACUUCUGCAGCAAGGAGCCAAUCCAAACAUCCAAACUGCAGAAGCAGUGGUUGGUCAGAAAGAUACAUCUUCUCCAACAGCAGAGAAUGUUUAUCUGCAGACUCCCCUUCACAUGGCUAUUGCUCACAAUCACCCAGAUGUGGUUUCAGUCAUCCUGGAACAAAAAGCUAAUGCUCUUCAUGCUACCAACAACUUGCAAAUUAUUCCUGACUUUAGUCUAAAGGACUCGAGAGACCAAACUGUGCUGGGAUUGGCUCUUUGGACAGGCAUGCACACAAUAGCAGCUCAGCUGCUUGGAUCUGGGGCAUCCAUCAAUGACACCAUGUCAGAUGGUCAGACUCUGCUCCACAUGGCAAUACAGAGGCAGGACAGCAAGAGUGCCCUCUUUUUGCUGGAACAUCAGGCAGAUAUAAACGUCAGGACACAGGAUGGAGAGACUGCCCUACAACUAGCUAUAAAAAACCAGCUCCCUCUUGUGGUCGAUGCUAUCUGUACCAGGGGAGCAGACAUGUCUGUGCCAGAUGAGAAAGGAAAUCCUCCUUUAUGGCUUGCCUUGGAGAACAACCUGGAAGAUAUUGCAUCAACUCUGGUUAGGCAUGGCUGUGAUUCCACCUGCUGGGGGUCAGGACCAAGUGGCUGUUUGCAGACUCUCCUUCACAGAGCUAUUGAUGAAAACAGUGAGCAAACAGCCUGCUUCCUGAUUCGCAGUGGCUGUGAUGUGAAUAGCCCCAGAAAGCCAGGCCCAAAUGGAGAAGGGGAAGAGGAAGCUCAUGAUGGACAGACACCCCUACACUUGGCAGCCUGCUGGGGACUAGAAGAGGUUGUCCAGUGCCUUUUGGAGUUUGGUGCCAAUGUCAAUGCUCAAGAUGCAGAAGGAAGAACUCCAAUCCAUGUUGCCAUUAGCAACCAGCAUAAUGUUAUCAUCCAGCUGAUGAUUUCACAUCCAGAUAUUAAGCUUAAUGUACGUGACAGGCAAGGAAUGACUCCCUUUGCUUGUGCCAUGACAUACAAAAACAACAAAGCAGCUGAGGCAAUUCUGAAGAGGGAGCCAGGAGCUGCUGAGCAGCUGCUUGCAGGUGCCCAGGUGAAUGAACUGACCAAGCAUCGUCAGACUGCUCUUCACUUAGCAGCCCAGCAAGAUCUGCCCACCAUUUGUUCAGUCCUUCUGGAAAAUGGAGUAGACUUUGCAGCAGUAGAUGAAAAUGGAAAUAAUGCUCUUCAUCUGGCAGUGAUGCAUGGUCGUCUAAACAAUAUCCGGGUCCUCCUCACAGAGUGCAAUGUAGAUGCAGAAGCCUUUAAUAUUAGAGGCCAGUCACCAAUGCAUAUUUUGGGACAAUAUGGGAAAGAUAAUGCAGCAGCCAUCUGUGACCUCUUCUUGGAGUGUAUGCCAGAGUACCCUCUGGACAAACCUGAUGCUGAAGGAAACACAGUGCUCCUGUUGGCUUACAUGAAGGGAAAUGCAAAUUUGUGUCGUGCAAUAGUGAGAGCUGGAGCUCGCCUGGGGGUUAACAACAACCAAGGAGUCAAUAUCUUCAACUACCAAGUUGCUACAAAACAGCUUCUCUUCAGACUGCUGGAUAUGCUGACAAAAGAACCUCCCUGGUGUGAUGGCUCCAACUGCUAUGAAUGCACUGCCAAAUUUGGAGUCACAACAAGAAAGCAUCACUGCCGACACUGUGGACGCCUGCUCUGCCAUAAGUGCUCAACAAAGGAGAUUCCUAUCAUCAAAUUUGAUCUGAACAAGCCAGUUCGAGUUUGCAACAUCUGCUUUGAUGUCCUGACUCUGGGAGGAGUCUCCUAGUAUGCUGUGGAAGUAAAGGGAUCCCCAGUCAGU